GUCAGAUGUCAGACAUUUUGAAUUUAAAUCAUUGUAACUUUAACGUCGAUGUUUGGUUGUUUGUAUAUUGAAUUAUAUUUUCGUGUUAAUUGUGUGUUAUAUUAGAAUUGUAAUACUGUUUAUUAUCAAUUUGAUUCAAUUUUAGAUGUGUUGAUGAUAUAUGUGUGAUAAGGUUCGUCAAAAUAAUAUCAGUAAGUGGACUAGAAAAUGGAAAAUAAAUCCAAGUUACCCAAACCAUCUGGACUUAGACAACCAAUUAUUAAAUCUUCGACAGAGAGACCUAGACCUGAAAUGAAACCUGAUCAGUCUACUGAAACUGCUACUCGCUUCAUGUCCCAUCGUUUGAAAAGACGAUCCAAAUCAGUCACUGAUUUGAGUACAUUAAGGCAACCAAAACUUGCCAGAUUGAAUCAAAAUCCGAUAAAAGAAGAACCCAUGCCUACAACUUCAAGAGGUACCGUCAAGCACAUCCUGAAAUCCGAAGAAGAAAUUAAAUCCAAGGGUGUCAAACAAGCUAAAAUUCCUGAUUGGGACUAUAAAAGACGUUUUCAAGUUUUGAAUGAAAAAUAUACUCAUUUAGUGGAGAAUCACAAAACUUUAAAAGCAAAAUAUGCAGGUUAGAAAUUUUUUUAUUUAUUUU